CCGUCGUCGUCGGCUUUCCCUCAUUCCAAAAACCCUAGCCCCUCGCCAAACUGUUCCCUCCUCCGCCGCGAUGGCCUCCGCCGUCCGCCCUCUCGUCACCGUCCAGCCUCUAGAGGGAGACAUGGCCACCGACGGAUCCAACUCCGUCCCCCUUCCCGAUGUCCUCAAGGCCUCGAUACGCCCCGACGUCGUGCGCUUCGUCCACGACAACCUCUCCAAGAACCGCCGCCAGCCCUAUGCCGUCUCCAAACGCGCCGGCCACCAGACGUCCGCGGAGUCCUGGGGCACCGGCCGCGCUGUCUCCCGUAUCCCUCGCGUCCCCGGUGGCGGCACCCACCGCGCCGGCCAGGGAGCGUUCGGCAACAUGGUUCGCGGCGGCCGGAUGUUCGCCCCCACCAAGAUCUGGCGCCGCUGGCACCGUCGUGUCAACGUCAACCAGCGUCGCUUCGCCGUAGUCUCCGCUCUCGCCGCGUCCGCCGUCCCCUCUCUCGUCAUGGCCCGUGGCCACCGCAUCGAGUCCGUCGGCGAGCUCCCUCUCGUUAUAUCCGACUCCGCUGAGGCCGUCGAGAAGACCUCCUCCGCCAUCAAGCUCCUGAAGCAGAUCGGCGCCUACCCCGACGCCGAGAAGGCCAAGGACUCCCACCAGAUCCGCUCCGGCAAGGGAAAAAUGCGCAAUCGCCGCUACGUCUCCCGCAAGGGCCCCCUCGUCGUGUACGGCACUGGGGGAUCCAAGAUCGUCAAGGCUUUCCGCAACAUCCCGGGCGUCGAUGUUGCCAAUGUCGAGCGCCUCAACCUGCUCAAACUCGCCCCCGGUGGUCACCUCGGCAGGUUCAUCAUCUGGACCAAGUCCGCCUUUGAGAAGCUUGACUCAGUGUUCGGGACAUUCGAGAAGCCCUCUGAGAAGAAGAAGGGCUACGUGCUGCCCAGGUCCAAGAUGAUAAAUGCCGAUCUGUCCAGGAUCAUCAACUCCGACGAGGUGCAGUCAGUGGUUAGGCCAAUCAACAAGGAGGUCAAGCGCCGCGCGCUUAAGAAGAACCCGCUGAAGAAUCUGAACACUUUGCUGAAGCUGAACCCCUACGCCAAGACUGCCAGGAGAAUGGCUCUUCUAGCUGAGGCACAGCGUGUUAAGGCCAAGAAGGAGAAGCUCGACAAGAAGAGGACCCAACUCUCUAAGGAAGAAGCUGCUGCAAUCAAAGCUGCUGGGAGGAUGUGGUACAAGACUAUGAUUUCAGACAGUGAUUAUACUGAAUUCGAGAACUUCUCAAAGUGGCUAGGUGUUACUCAGUGAGCAAUGCUACUAGUAGUCAUUUGGUUUCUAGUUCAACUUUGUUGGAAAUUUCCAUCGGAUUUUGUUUUCUAUUUUUAGUUUGUGUUUUGCAUUUGAAUACAAGGUGAUUUGCUAAAAAAAAUAGACCUAGCCCUAUUUGCUCGACAUUAAGGUUAGGGUUCAUAAAUUCAAUCGAAUGUAUGGCUUUUUGGUGUUUUUUUUUUU